GUUGGCCUCAAUUGUUGAAUUGAAAAUUACCCUUAAUUUGAUAUGUAUUAGCUGAUGGGGUUAGCUGUGUACAAUAGCACCAUCCUAGAUAUCAGGUUUCCACAGUGUACUUAUAAGAAGUUGCUUAGUCCUGCAGUCGUGCCAUUCAACAACCCCCGAGCAGAGGUCGGCAAAUGCCCUUUGAACUUUGAGGAUUUCAAACUUGUGAAACCGGAUUUGGCGAACGGACUGAAAGAACUCUUAGAAUACGAGGGUAACGUCGAAGAUGACCUCUGCAUGACAUUUCAG